AUCUCAAGCUUAUCUUCAUUGUGUUUGCUUUGUUCAUCGUUCCUAAAGGGAAGUUGUAAUGCUACAACAUUGCAAAGUGUGCAUCAUGUGCUUCCAAAAGCAUUGUAUGGGUGUGAUGGUCAGGUGCAUCUGGAUUGAGCUUUCCUAAAUGAUCUAGAAACAAAGCCUAAAGUGUAAGUAGUGCUCUCAGGUCAAUAUGCGUCUUUCUCUUGAAUUAACCACAAAGAUUGCAUAAAAGGAGUGUUUUUAAAUCACUUGGAGAUGAUGCGUUAGUCGUUUUUAUGGUGCAGUGAAGAAAGAGCUACAGCCAUAGUGUGUGUGCGUGUCCUCUCGUUCCCAGCAGAAGUUUCCUCCCCUGUGUAAUCCCGUCCCGCCCUUGAGCGCAACACAUAAAUAGCCCGUUCCGACAAUCCGGAUUGUUCCACGUUUCAUGUAAACUCUCACACCCAGAGUGUAGACCUAAAGCACGUGCGCUUUAAGGCUGCCUUGGAGCGAAAGCUCGAGAAUUGUUUCUCUUUUUUUCUUCAUCCAUUUCUCCAUCCCCUGGUCAUGUCCACCGGCUCCAUCAGCGACGCGGACGAGUUCCACGAUGCGGAACUCCUGGACGGUCUGCUGCCGUUUGGCUCGUGCGUGGACGUCGCGGCGGGGACGUCGCGCGAAAGCGCAGAGGACAGCUCGAACGGCGAGGGUUCGGCCGCGAACGAGCGCACCGGACGCGCGCCGGGAAAGAGGCGCAAGACGGCCGCGUCCUCGCGCAGAACGGCGUCCGGGAGAGGAGGAGGUGGAGGAGGUGGAGGAGGUGGUAGUGGAGAAGAAGGAGGAGGAGGCGGCGUGGCGCACGAGGGCAAACAGGUCCAGAGGAACGCGGCGAACGCGCGCGAGAGGGCGCGGAUGCGCGUGCUAAGCAAAGCGUUCUCGCGCCUUAAGACCACGCUGCCGUGGGUGCCACCCGAUACUAAGUUGUCCAAACUGGACACGCUGCGGCUCGCCUCGAGCUACAUCGCCCACUUGCGCCAGAUCCUGGCCAACGACAAGCACGAGCAUGGAUACAUCCAUCCCGUCAACCUGACGUGGCCGUUCAUGGUGGCGGGGAAACCGGAAAAUGACCUUAAAGAGAUGCUGAACUCCACCAGAUUAUGCGGCACCACCGCAUCCUGAGAGGACUGUAACCUUAAAUACACGGACAAACUUUUUUUUUUCCUUUUUUUUUAGAUAUAAAUACAGAGACCAAAAGCACAUCAUCUCUUGUUCUUGCAAAAAAAAUGGAAGAAGAAUGCACGAGAUGGGAAUUAACGGAGGGACCAUGAAUUGACGCGUCUUUCAAUGCAGAGAAUCUGUAAAUAUAUAUAUAAAUAUAUAAUGUACAGUUUUUAUUUAAAGAAACCUUUUCCUUGCUGGCUCGAGGAACAUGUGGGUUUUAUGCAAUUUUCUUUAGCGUAAUAACUCUUCAAUGCAGACGUGUAAAUAUGCAAUAUGGAGCAGCUUUACACUUUUUUUAGUGCUGCGUAAACGUGUUGAAAAAACGACAGCAUCAUAUUGUAAAUAAAAUAUUUUUGCUAUUUGA